AUGGACUACAUAACAUCAAGUGGGCUUUUUGACAUCGAUUACAGCAUUGGGGAGCCCUGUCAAAAAACCAACGUGAAGCAAAUCGCAGCCCGCAUCCUGCCCCCGCUCUACUCGUUGGUCUUCAUAUUUGGCUUCGUGGGCAACUUGCUGGUCGUCCUCACCCUGAUAAACUGCAAGAAGCUGAAGAGCAUGACCGACAUCUACCUGCUCAACCUGGCCGUCUCGGACCUCCUCUUCCUCCUCACCCUCCCGUUCUGGGCCCACUAUGCCACAGACGGCUGGGUCUUCGGGGAAGCGGCCUGCAGACUCUUCACCGGGCUGUACCACACUGGUUACUUCGGCGGCAUCUUCUUCAUCAUCCUCCUGACGGUUGACAGGUACCUGGCGAUCGUCCAUGCUGUGUUUGCCUUAAAAGCCAGGACGGUCACCUUCGGGGUGAUGACCAGCGUGGUCACCUGGGGGGUGGUCAUACUUGCUUCCCUCCCCAGCAUCAUUUUCACUGAAUUGCUAGAAGAAGACCUUUAUUAUUCCUGCGGCACUUCAUUUCCAGUGAAAUGGAAGCAUUUCCACACAAUCACAAAGGCCGUCUUGAGCCUGGUCCUGCCGCUGCUGGUCAUGGUCGUCUGCUACUCGGGAAUCCUCAAAACCCUGCUCCGCUGUCGAAACGAGAAGAAGCUCAAGGCCGUGAGGCUCAUCUUCACCAUCAUGAUCAUCUACUUCCUGUUCUGGACUCCUUACACCGUCGUCCUGGUCCUCACCACCUUCCCGGGCCCCUUCGGCCUGGACAACUGCGAGAGCUCCAACAGGCUGGACCAAGCCAUGCAGGUGACGGAGACUCUGGGCAUGACGCAUUGCUGCAUCAACCCCAUCAUCUACGCCUUCGUGGGGGAGAAGUUCAGGAGGUACAUCUCAGCGUUCUUCCGAAGGCACGUUGCCAAGCGCCUCUGCAAACAGUGCCCCAUGUUCUACAGGGAGACGGCAGACCGAGCGAGUUCGGCCUACACUCCCUCCACGGGCGAGCAGGAAGUCUCAGCCGGCCUAUAA